AUGGACAAUAAGGUGGAUGUCUCAGAAGUAGAAAAUAUUUCAAUGAUCGGAUCGUCUGAAAUUUUUUAUCUGCCUGAAGUUGCAGAGAUAUCAGAGGUGUUAGAUUCUACUGGCCUUAGUCCACUGACAUCUUCUUUAGAUCAUACUUUAACUCUUCAAGAGGAUAAAUUUCUUUCAUAUUGUAGGACUGAAGCAAAUAGUUCUACAUCAGAUUAUGCCAUUCCACUUCCACCACCACCUGGUUUAAAUGAUUUCACAGAUGUUGGUGCAGAUCCUAUUGGUGAUAAUGGACCUGGUAUAGAGCAUGGUCCAUUUUUACCUCCUGGGACUCCAGCUUUAAAUAAUUUGUUUUCAGAAGGUGGAGAUUCUCAAGAUGAUUCACCAAUGGAGGAUGUAAUUUUACGUGCUGGAGUAUGUGGUCUUCGUAAUCUUGGUAAUACUUGCUUUAUGGCUGCUGGUUUGCAAUGUUUAACCGCAACACCACCCGUCCUGCGACAUUUUUUGGAUUUACAGCAAAGGGGGGAGAAACUACCUCCACCUGGAUCAUUAAUGGCGCAUUUUAGUGCACUCCUUGGCAAAAUGUGGUCUGGUAAAUACAGUGUCCUUAGGCCUACUGAAUUCAAGCAAACUUUAGGGACAUAUCAUUCACAAUUUAAAGAUUAUAGACAGCAUGAUUGUCAAGAAUUUCUCGCGCUUUUGUUGGAUUCUUUGCAUGAGCAAAUGAAUACAGCAAAGUGUACAAAAAAUUGUCAAACUCCAUCAUCUACAACCACUGCCAACUCGAUUAAUCCAGUUGAGAAUUCAAAUGGAAAAGCCAUGUCUCCAGUUACUGCCACUGGUAAUUCAAAUUGUAAUACAGAUUUGUUGGAAAUGUAUGAUUGUAUACCAUCACCAGAAUGUCCAAACAGUCCUAAUGUUACAAUGGCAGGUUCACCAAGAGAUUUAGGUUCACCAAUAGGUGAAUUAGAUAGUAUUGCGAAUUCACCACGAGGAUCGCCUCUGAACGAUGGUGAUGAUGAUGAAGAAACACUCGAUUCUGAUGAAACUGUUGAAGCAAAAUCCAAUACCUUUAUUCACAAUAAGGUCGAUCUAAAGGAAAAUGAAGUUACGCCUUCAUUAAGGCUAGACACACUAAUUGAACUGUCAAAAAAUGUUCCAAAGUAUCAUGGUCUUUAUGAUAUUCAUAAACAAGCGAAAACUAGCAAUGCAAACUUCUUAGUAACACAACAAGAAUGUAACAACGAGAUUCACUAUGAUUCCCAAAAGUUUCCGAAAGAAAAUGUUCGUAGAAUGCCUCUAGAUAAUUCAAACCUUAUGGAAAAUCAUGAUUUCGACAAUAAAAGUGUCAGUGUUAAAAGAAUAAAAGAAGUCAACGUACAAAAAGUCAAUUGCGGUAUAGACUAUGCAUCAAGCGGUUCUGAUAUAGAGUACGAUAAUGGUUUAGAAAAGUGUAAUGUAAAACGUAUGAGGCUUGAUGAUCAAGAGAAGAAUCACAAGCGUGAUGGCCAGGGAAGCAUUAGUUCUCAAUGCGCACGAGUUUCACAAAGUUAUGGUAAUGGUGCUAUAGAGGCACAAGAUGAGAUGGAGGCUGACAAACAUUGGGCAAAGCACUUAAAGUCUAAUAGAAGUAUUAUCGUCGAUACUUUCCAGGGACAGUUUAAAAGCAAGGUUGUUUGUGCAGUAUGUAAUCAUGUUUCUGUUACGUACGAGCCUUUUAUGUAUUUAUCAGUGCCGCUACCUCAUGCAAUGGAAAGGCAACUAAAUGUUACAUAUGUUCCUGCAAAUGGUGAUCAACCCAUAAGGUGUGUUGUUUCAUUAAACAAACAGUCACGCAUUGGAAAGUUGAAGGAAGAGCUAUUAAAAACACUUGGCAAAGAAAACAUUGCUGUAGCGAACAUUGCACUUGCUGAAGUUUUAGAAAACCAUAUAUCGAAGAUUCUGGAUGACAAUACACUUUUGAGACACAUCAAUGAUACGAAUCGAUCUAUAUACGCCUUUGAACUCAUGGAACCUCCUGAUGCGUAUACUUCAAUGCCAGAUGGUGGUGGAGAUCGUGUAUCCGAGGCUGAUUCCUGUCAAAAGUGUACGGUUACGGCAGAGGAAAUUCCAUGUACAAUUUGUCUCGAGGAAUUGGACGGAGAUUUGAAGAGGCACAGGGGGAAUAGCUGCAACUUCGUUAUGUGUGAUAUUUGCAUUGAGAAUUACUUCAAGAAUCAAACGGAACCGCAAAUGUGUCCAAUGUGUUCAACCUACAUAACAGCGUCGUCUUUUGUUAAAAUAGAUCAAACAGGCAGACCGAGGCCUGCGGUUAGAAUCUUAAAUGUACCAUUGGUUCUACGGCAUGAUACGACGAAUGAAACGACGAACAAUCGUAAAGGAACAAAGCUUUUUGGUUAUCCACAUUUAGUAAGAUUACCUUCAAGAGUAAACGCUAAAGACUUGCAUGACAUUGUGAGACGGAAUGUACCGCAGGAAGGAAAUUACACGCUUCAUUUUGUUACGGGACAGGGCCACCAUUGUUCUCGUUGCAUCUAUACUACACACUGUACAGGUUGCAGCGUACCCGAAACGGGUAUGGUAAUCUUGUAUAAUGGCGAUACUUUAGCUGUGCGUUACACGGAGCAUGUUCCUAAGAUUGCAUCUCCAAUUGAUCAUGUCAGUGUUAGCAAACAGAGGCCUCAUCAUCCUUUGUCUUUAUAUGACUGUCUUCAGGCAUUUAGUCAGAGUGAAACAUUAGACGAACACAAUCCUUGGUUUUGUCCAAAGUGUGAACGAAAUCGGUGCGCUACGAAAACACUCACGGUUCACAGAUAUCCCAAGUUCCUCAUAGUGUACUUGAAACGAUUUGUAUUUUACGAGUGCACUAGUAUGAAGUUAGACGAUAAAGUUACAUUCCCUUUGGUCGGUCUAAGCGUGGGUCAACACCUGUACGAUCUUUAUGCCUGUGUUUGUCAUUUUGGAGGGGUAUCAGCUGGGCACUACACAGCAUACGCUAAAAAUCCUCGCACCGAUAUGUGGUAUUACUACAAUGAUGAAAUUACAAGCAGACAGAAACCUCAGGAGGAAGACUUUAGCAACGCUUACAUACUUUUUUACAGUCGGCAAGGGACCAAUUUAAAAUCGUGCAAUAUAUAACCAGUGCUGGAACAAAGAAACUGGCGAAUGGGUAGUGUCAGUGACAUAGAAAGAAUGAGGAAGAGAAUAGGAUAUGGGGAAU